CGGCUCCCGCGCUCCCGGCAACCGGCGGCACCCGCGGGGCGGCGGACGGGGCCCGCGGCACGGUGUGGCGCCCAUGGCAGGAGCCGUGCGCAUUGGGGACCAGCUCAUUCUGGAAGAGGACUACAAUGAAUCCUACGUUCCCAAGGAGCAGGAAAUCCGGGAUUUUGCGCCAACAAUCGGGAUUGACCCCGACAAGGAGUCGGAGCUGCUGUGGCUGGCCAGGGAGUGCCUGGUGACCCCAAUGCCCCCCGAGUGGAAGGCCUGCCAGGAUAUUGCAGGGGGUGACAUCUAUUUCUUCAACUUUGAGAGUGGCCUCUCCACGUGGGAGCACCCCUGUGAUGAGCACUACAAGCAGCUGGUCAUCAGGGAGAGGGAGAAGCUGCUGGCACGGGGCAGCCUGAAGAAGGAAAAGAAGGAGAAAAAAGAGAAGAAGGACAAGAAGGACAAGAAAGAGAAGAAGAAGGACAAGAAGGAGAAGCAGCUCCUGAAGCAACUCCCUCCCCCAGGCUCGCAGCUGGCCCCCAUCCAGCCCCCCCUGGGCAGCCUCUCUCCUCUCCGUGGCCUCACCCCACACCCAUCCAUCGCCCUUCGUGGGGCCCUGAGCCUGGACCUGGGGAACGUGGUGGACUCCAGCCUCGCCCCCAAGGAAGGAACGCUGCCUGCAGAGGUCCCAAAGCCCACCAGCCACACCAAGAACCUGCUGGAUUUGAUCUGUGAAGAGAAAAGUUCCUUGAACGUGGCCGUGCCAGAGAAAUGGAGAAAUGAAGAGGAAGACAGUGAAAAUGAGAGUUUCCCUGGGACCUCCAGGCUGUUAAAAAACGUGUACCUGGAUGUUGAAGCCCUGGCAGGCAGCUUUGACUUUGAGCUUUCAAUGGCAUCCGGGGUCAGUGGCUGUGAGCAGGACCUGCCAGUCUCCAAGAGCUCCGACCAUGAGGUGCCUCAGCCUCUGGGCUUGGACUCCAAGAGCCAGCUGUCCCAGGAGGUUCUGGGUGUGGGGACCGUGUCCCCUGAUCUGGACAGCCCCAGGAGCCAGGAGCUGGGAGAAGAGGACAAAGACCAAAGCAAGGCCAGUGUGGAGGAGGAAGAGCAAAGGAAGGGAACAGAAGCUGCUGAGAGGCAACCUGAGAAGGAAAGGGAGCAGUCCUUGAGCCAGCCUCACGAUGAAUCCCUGGAGGAAAUAGUCAGGGAGGUGGAGACGGAGCUGGAGCAAGAGGAAAUACAUUUAUUUCAAGCAAAGGAGGAGAAAAUCCAGCGAUUCCAGGAGGAGAUGAGGCAGCAGGAGGAGGAGGUGGAAGCUGAAGAGCUUCAUCAGCAAAAAGAAAAGCCCCUCAGCGCUCCAGAAGAAGAUUUAGCAAAGUCUGAGCAGGAAGAGGAAGAGUUGCUGCUCAGAGAGGAAAAAGCCAAGAGACUGGAGAGGCUGCGAGCCCAAAUGGCCUCAGAGGUGGAGGCAGAGGAGCAGAGGAUGAGGGCAGAGCAGGAGGCCAGGCUGCAGCAGCUCAGGGAGGAGUGGCAAUCCCAGCAGCUGCUGGAGAAGGAGAGGCUGCAGAGGCAGCAGCAGCUUGCCCUGGAGGAAAUGAGGCUGGCAGCAGAGGAGGCCCAGCAGAAGGAGAUGAGUGAGCUGGAGCAGGAGCAGGAGGAGUUCCUGAGGCAGCUCAGGGACAGGUUGGGCAGGGAGAAGAAGAAGGCAGCAGAGGAGCUGGAAGAACAGUUUGCCAGGGAGCUCCAGCAGCUGAGGGCUGCAGCAGAGGAGAAGCACCGCGAGGUCAUUGCCAGCCUGCAAGCCCAGCUGGCAGAGGCACAGAGCAGCCAGGAGGCCCAGCUACGUGAGGAGCUGCAGAGAGCAGACCAGAAAGUGCAGGAAAAAGCCCUGAAAGUGAAGGAAUACGAGCGUGAGCUCAGCGAGCUGAUGGGCGACAGACGGCGGGAGGUGGAGAAGGAGCACGAGAGGAGAAUGGAGAGGAUGAGAGAGGAGCACAGGGAGGCCCUGGAGCGGACCCAGGAGCACUACGAGGAGGAGGAGCGCCGGCAGAGGUCGGAGCUGCUGGAGGGGCUGCGCAGCGAGGCCGCGCGGCUGCGGCAGCUGCACGACGCCGACCUGAAGGGGCUGCAGGCAGAGCUGGAGGGGAGGCUGGCGGCCCUGCAGCACAGGCACAGGGAGAAGGAAAGAAAGCUCCAGGAUUCAGAGAACGAGCUCGAGAUCCGCAUGAAGAACAUCCAAGCCAGAUCAGAGCAGCUCCAGAGCCAGGAGGAGUCCCUGCAGAGGAGGAGGCAGCUGCUGCUGGAUGAGGACGGACGGAUGCAGCUGGAGAGAGACGAAGCUGCUCUGGCCUCUCAGCUGCGCCUGGAGGAGAGCAGGAAGGAGCACUGCAGCCUGCAGGAGUCUGUCCGGCAGCUGCGCAGGACCCUGCAGGAGCUGCAGGACCAGAAGGCCGAGCUGGAGGCCCAGGUGGAUUUGCUGCAGAGCCGCAGCCAGAGGCUGCACAAACGCAUUGGAGAGCUGGAGGAAGCAAUCAGGAGCAAGCAGGAGUCUCUGAAAGAACUGGAGGCAGAAGAAAGUGUGGAAUCUCCAAGAAAGAAAGCUGAGCUCUGUGUUGAAGACCUGAGAGAAACUCCUCAAGCUCACUCGUCCAGAGAGCCUUCCCCACCUUCCCAGAGCCCCGAGGACAGCGAGCUGCAGCUCGACCGAGUGCAGAGCUACCUGGCGGCCGAGGGGCAGUCCCUGCGCAGCGCCAAGGAGUUCCUGCAGCGCCAGCGCCGCUCCCUGCGCCGGCGCCGCUCGGCGCUCAGGGCUGCCAGCCUGCAGUGGCACCAGCACCUGCACAGGGCCCAGGGGGCCGAGCAGGGUCCCCACAGCUCCCAGCUGCUGCAGGGAGUGCGCCAGAACCUGCAGGAGGAGGCAAAGGAGCUGGACAAGAUGAAGUCGGCCAUGCAGAAAGGACAGGUGCUGCUGAAGAAGAAGGAGGAGAAGCUCAGCCAGCUGGAGUCCUCGCUGCUGGAGGAGCUCUCAGAUGAGGAUACGCUGAAGAGCUCUGCGUGCAGGAAGGUGGUGACGUUUGAUCUGAGCACCUCUGAGGACACAAACAGCACGUCCAGUGUGAACCUGGGCCAGCCCAGGUCUGACUUGAGGAUGGAUUUGUGGCCCGUGCUGCAGCAGGACAAGAUCCAGCACCUGAGGGACUCAGUGCAGAGCAUCACCAGCGAGCUCAGCGGGGUCCUGGGGCUCCUGGACUCCCUGAGCCAGCACCAGCCCCCUCUGCUCACCUCCACACCCCAUCAGGGCAUCCCCCUUCCCACCCACCCCUCCCUGGCCGGCCUGGGGGGGGGCAGCUCCCUGGGGAACCCCCCCAGGGCGUCCCCCCUGGACCAGUGGGCCCGGAGCAGCCGGCCCAGCUCCAGUUACCCCAUCUCAGGGCAGUCAGUGGACAGCAUGCUGGCAGAGAAAUGGCACAGGUAUUUCCCAGGUGGGUUCUCGUGGCUCGGUGGGACUCCCGUGCCCCUGGACAGCAAGCUGGGCUAUGUCCCUGCAGAUGAACAAAUCAGGCUCUUCCAGCACUCCAAGUUCAGUGAGCCAGAGACAAAGAAUAUUGAGGGGAUGAUUGAGAGCAACAAGAAAUGGCUGAAAGGCUUCAAGAAGGAUUCCAAAGUAGCGCGCUCCCCACGGGCACAGCAGCCCCCAGGCAGCAGCCCCAGCCUCCUGCAGCUGGGGCUGGAUGAGAACAGAGAGAUCAAGGUGUACCACUACUGAGAGAAAGCUGCCGCGCCGCUCGCCCGUCACGGCUGCCGAGGACAAGGAGCCCAUCUGUGAGGAACCAUCCUCAGAGCCUUGCUCCUGACACAGCUGCUGGGGGAGGCUCUGGAGCUGCUGCCCCUCAGCCCUGUGCUGUGAGAGCCCCUGGGCUGGGUGGGGGUGGCAGGGGGAGCCCCUGCUCUGCAGAGUGCUGGCACGCACCCUGAGCCUGGCACGGGGAUGUUUACAUGCAAAUAGAAACGUGGAAAUAUAUUUUUGAUGAACACCAUUUUGAAACUCUUAAGAAGGUAUUUAUUUUAUUUUUCCUUGCUGUUUUUCUAGAGUUUUUGUAAUUGCUCAAUAGCCUUAUUCCUUCCUAGGAAAGGAGGGAGCCAAGCACGGGUAUCCCCCCUGCUGCUGGACUGCACAAACCCCUUCCUGCAGGGAUUUUGCUUUUAGUUUACUGCAUACUCAGAGGACACAGGGCAGUCCUUGCAGUCAGGGGUUUUAGAGGGGACCCCACAGUUGUGGUUGCUGUGGCCCAAGCCAUAUCACUGAGUGCAUUCUGUGUUUUGGGAGAAGCAUGCAUUAAUGGUGCAGGGAAAUGCCAUUUUUUUAACAAUAACUUGGUUUGAAACGUGCUCCUUUUUCCUGUUAAAACCCGGGAUAGCAGCUGUAUCUGGUUUUGUAUAAAUUAAAUCAACAUGAGCCUGUUUUGUA